UUGUCAGGACACAUCAAGAAUCAGCCCCCCUUUGUACCUGCCCUUCCAAUUCUCUUCUCUGCUUCGGGUGCUGUUCGGUUUCCAGUCACGGAGUUACAGUUAACUGCCACAACCAUCAGAAUAAGACAGAAUGUCGAUGGCCAGCUAUCUCUGUGCGGCUCUUCAAAGAAAGUUCCUUCAAGCAUAUCCAAAGGCCAUUCCGGGGGGUUGAAGGUGUGCAUUGUGGGUUCUGGCAAUUGGGGAACUGCCAUUGCAAAAAUAAUUGGCAAAAAUGUCAUGAAUUCUACAAAAUUUGACAGUGAAGUGACACUCUGGGUAUUUGAAGAGGUACUUGAUGGAAAGAAACUAUCAGAUAUCAUCAAUGAGGAACAUGAAAAUAAGAAGUACCUGCCUGGAAUCAAAUUAACUUCUAAUGUGGUGGCUAUUCCAGAUUUGGUGACAGCAGUAAAAAAUGCUGACAUCUUGGUAUUCAUCAUACCCCUUGAAUUCGCCUCAAAAAUCUGCUGCGACAUGGCUGGUCAUCUGAAGCCUGGAGUAUUUGGCAUUUCUCUCAUCAAGGGAAUUCAGCAUAAUCCUGGAACUUUGCUGCUUACCUCUGACGUCAUCCGAGAGAAACUUGGCAUUAAAAUAAGUGUGUUAAUGGGGGCCAACAUCGCCCAAGAGGUGGCAGAUGAACAGUUCUGUGAAGCCACUAUUGGAUGUGAAGAUGAGAAACAAGGGAAAAUCUUCAAGGAAUUAUUCGAAACGAUGAACUUCAAAAUGUCUGUAGUGAAAGAUGAAGAAACUGUGGAGCUCUGUGGAGCACUAAAAAAUGUGGUGGCCCUUGGGGCCGGAUUCAUCGACGGCCUGGGCCAUGGGGGUAACACUAAAGCGACCGUCAUCCGCCUGGGACUCAUGGAAAUGAUAAGCUUUGCUAAGAUCUUCUGCAAGAAGCCUGUGGAGCUGACCACCUUCCUGGAAAGCUGUGGGAUCGCUGACCUCGUGACCACCUGUUACGGGGGGCGAAGCAGGAAAGCGGCUGAAGCUUUUGUCCACACGGGAAAGACCUUUGAAGAAUUAGAAAUUGAGAUUCUUAAUGGACAAAAACUUCAAGGGCCUCCAACUGCCAAAGAAAUCUACAACAUCCUGAAAAAUAAAGACUUGACUGAUAAGUUUCCACUAUUUGUCUGCAUCUAUGAAAUAUGCUGUGAAGGAAAAGCAGUGAAGGAAUUAAUCACUUGCCUGCAGAACCACCCAAUUUACAAAAAACAAUGAUUCAAGCAAAAGAUUGGGGAAGUUCCAUCCAUCCUAAUCUCUAAUAAAGGGAGAUAAGGCCUGAGAA